AUGCCACGAUUAGUUGUGAAAUCUCCACCGCCCUCGGUGGCUCCACGAACGGUGGCGACCGUUCGUCCCUCGGUCGAACAACCUACGCAAUCAGUUGCUAUGCCACCAACUCCACCGCCAGUUCUGCAGUCUGCACAACCAUCUCCACCGCCCUCGGUGCAUCUACCGACAACGAUCGAACAACCUACGCAAUAUGUUACUAUGCCGCCACCUCCACCGCCAGUUCUGCAGUCUGCACAACCACCACCACCGCCCUGGGUGCAUCUACCGACAACGAUCGAACAACCUACGCAAUAUGUUGCUAUGCCACCACCUCCACCGCCCUCGGUGGCUCCAGCACCACAUUCUCUCCUACUGGUUCCUACCACGA